GCGUUGCAUUACCUUCCUCUUCUUAAGUUUUCCUUCAACCGCGCUUUCAUCAAUUCUCUCUCUCUUUCUCCCUCUCCUCUCUGAAUUCGAUUCGUGUAUGCAACCGGAUUUGCUCUGUUUCUUCCCGCGAUCCAUCUCUUCCCGGAUUGGUGGUUGUUUCGUAUUCUUGAAUUUCGGUUUAGAAUAACGAAAAGGCAGAAUUUUGGAUCGUUUGUUGGGUUCUGUUGUUGAAUUCGGGUGUUGGGUAUAUAAUUAUAUAUAAAUAUAUAUUGUGAAAGGGGGAGGGGAUUUCUUUCAGGAUGAAGGUGAAAGGCGAGAUUGUUGGGUAUAAGGGUGUGGUGGAAGAGGAGGAGAGAAGGGAGGAAAUGGAGGAGAUUGUGGCGGUGCCUAAGAAGUACACGGUGGUCGGAGGGUUUCCCCAGACACACCCCAUGAAGGUGGUGGUGGUGGGGUAUGCUCUCACUUCCAAGAAAAUUAAGAGCUUUUUGCAGCCCAAGCUUGAAGGUUUAGCUAGAAACAAGGGAAUAUUAUUUGUUGCUAUAGAUGAAAGCAGGCCUCUUGCAGACCAGGGUCCUUUUGAUAUUGUGCUCCAUAAGUUAACCGGAAAGAAGUGGCAGAGUAUACUUGAGGACUAUAGGAUGAAACAUCCAGACGUCACAGUCCUUGAUCCUCCAGAUGCAAUAAAGCACGUAUACAAUCGUCAAUCCAUGCUUCAAGAUGUCGCAGCCUUGAAGUUUUCAGAUGCAUAUGGAAAAGUUUGCGUUCCCAGGCAGUUGGUUAUUGAGGAUGAUCCUUCCUCGAUCCCCGCAGCUGUGAGUAAAGCUCAGCUGAGAUUUCCUCUUGUUGCAAAGCCGUUGGUUGCAAAAUCACACGAGUUAUCACUGGCCUAUGACGAACUUUCCCUUCAGAUACUUGAACCGCCACUUGUGCUGCAAGAAUUUAUCAACCAUGGCGGUGUCAUGUUUAAGGUUUAUAUUGUCGGGGAAGCAAUUACGGUGGUCAGACGAUUUUCAUUACCUGAUGUCUCUAGACGCGAGUUAUCGAAGAAUGCUGGUGUGUUUCGCUUUCCUAGGGUUUCUUGUGCAGCUGCCUCCGCAGAUGAUGCAGACUUAGACCCUCGCGUUGCUGAACUCCCUCCACGUCCGUUGCUUGAGAGACUUGCUAGGGAGCUUCGUCGUCGACUGGGCCUUCGGCUCUUCAACCUGGAUAUUAUUAGAGAGCACGGAACCAAGGACCGGUAUUAUGUUAUAGAUAUCAAUUAUUUUCCAGGAUACGGGAAAAUGCCAGAAUACGAACACGUGUUUACGGAUUUUCUCCUCAGCCUGGUGAAGCACAAGUAGUAAGUAAGGUGGUUCUGGCCAGAAUAAGAUAGAUGGCAGCACGACGAGAGAGAGACAAUGCAACAAGGCCGCUACAAGCAACAGGGGCACUAGUAUACGUCUAACAUAAGAGCGGGGAGUUUCAGAAGCUGGUUCGAAACACGUGCAGAAAAAACAAAAUGGAAGCGCGUUUGAUCACUGCAGAGGCCCAAUGGAUCCUUGUUCAGAAGCGAUGAAUUUCGUUCCCUAUAUUCAAGUUCGAUCUCCUCACUAGCUCUGUUCUUCAUGUUUUGUCCAUUUAUCCCCUUUUCUUGUCUUCUACCAUUCCCAUUCUUUUUUUGGCUUAAGGGGGGGAGGAUUUGUCUGCAAAUUUUAGCUCUCUUUGGUAUUUGUCUAAGUAGGUGGAUUCACAAAGCAAAGCAAGCUUAGUCCCUUGUAAAUUCCCUUUUGUUUACUCUGUAUCUGAGAGUGCAAAUGGUUGUAUUGACUUUGUAAAUCCCCUUUUCUUCAGAAUAAAAUGUCCAUUUUUCCUUCU